UCGAGCCUCCCAUGCUCGGCUCGGCUGCCAGCACUUGCUAACGUCUCGGGCGCGAACAGCUCUUUAUGGCCUGCCCUCAUGCCGCGCAUUGUUUCCAGGAUAGAAAAGAUCGCCCGUGACGAGUUUCCCAUGCCGCCGAUUCCCGAGCCGCUACCAUACCCAACCACCGAUAUCGACGUCGAGGCUCUGCCGGGCUGGAUAUCGCUGAGGUCAGACUCGCCAGAUCCGCAGCCAGCAAGCCCGCGGUCAUCGCAAGACACAAACAAGGAGAACUCGCCAGCGCCGAGCCCGCGCUUAGAGGUGCCCAUCCCACACGGCCCGGGUCCCGCUGUCGAGCCGAUAGCAGGCGCCAUAAGCACGACGAGGUUCGCAGAAUGGCCGCAGGCCAUCGCCAUACGGCUCGCCAUCAUCACAAACACCAUCGAGACGCUGUUCACGACAUACCCGCCGCACACGAUCCAACGGCUGGCAGAGCUUCUCCUCCAGCCCAAGCGGCACUACAAGUCUCUACCUGCAUUCCUACACGCCGUCGAUCGUGUCGUUCAUGUCACCUCUGGACUGAAUGUGUAUCCGCUCCCUCCCGCCAUCUCAGAAAACUUUAGCGGCACUUUACUCUCCAACGGGGUGUCGGAAGGAUCAGGUGCCGGCGCCGUUCCCGCGCCUUCUCCAUGGGCCACGCCGGGCAGCGACGAGGCUCUGGGCGGUGCCCUCCUGACGCCCAUCCCCUGGCUUAGCCAGCCAACAGCAGCGGUAGCUUCGCCGCCAGCCGGAUCCUCUGCCACAGCGACGCCCGACACCACCGCCGAGGCAGCAACCCCGACGUCGUCGACGUCGCCAGGAUCGGGCUCCGACAACAUGGAGGGCCAGGUCCGCACGGAGAGCACGGAGACCAUCGAGGGGCCCAACGGCAUGGGCAGCGUCGAGACGGUGUCCGUGUCCGUCAACGGCGUCCCGUCCAUGGGCGCCCGCGGCGUCGGCGUGACCCAGGGAGAGCUCCUCAGGCAGGAGCAAAAGGCCGGCGUCGUGCCCGUCAGCCAGCUCGUGCCCGGCCACCACGCGCGGCACCAGGGCAACGUGAUUAUCCAGCAGCGGCUCUCCGCGGCGGCUGCAGGGGCAGGGGCCGGCGCAGGUGCGUCGUCAGGUGCCGCGGCCUCAGCACUGGCGGACAACAACGACAAUAACCCCGAAGACGGCGGCGAGCGAGGAUCCGAAGGCGACGAAGAUCAGAACAUGGCGGUGGACAGCGACAACGGCGGUGCCGGCGGCGGCGCAGCUGCUGGCCGCGCCAUCGCGUCGGUGCCGGCGAUUGACGAGGACAAGCCUCACGCGCGCGGGCCAGAGGAGAUUGGCCUCGAGGACACCGGCCUGCAGCCUGACCCGGCCAGCCAUGUGGGCGGGGAGACCAUUUCGCUCACGACGACCGGCGCGAGCGGGUCAGGGCCAGACAUGCAAGGCAUCAACGUCGAGGCGGCGGUCGGGCGGAAGGCUGCUGAUUCCGGGCACGCAGGCGCUGGCCAUCAUCACCACCAGCAGAGAACCGAUAACAUGGACGAGACGCCAGACGCCAAGAACAAGGAGGAUGGCGAGCCCGGGACCAAGAUGGAGACGGGCGGCAGCGGCAGCACUACCGAGGACGGCGGCGACGCGCCACCGCAGCCUGCCGCCGACAAGAUGGACGUCGACAACAACACCGACGACGCCAGGGGCGGCGCCAACACGCCGGCCGGCUCGUCGACGGGCACGAUCGGCCGCAGCCGCGAGGGCACGCCGAAGCGCGACGCCGAGGGCGAUGCCGGAGCCGAGGAUGGAAGCGACGGGGCGAGGAAGAGGCUCAGGACUAGUCCUCCAGCUGCGCCAAAGGCGGCGGCGGCAGCAGCCAACGAGCAGGAGGCCGAAGGAAAGGGUGAGAGCAAGGAAGCUGUUGGCGGUGCUGGGGAGGGAAAGGAGGAGGAGGACGGAGGCUCGGCGUAGAAGACCGAGUAGAAAUCCAACUUGGACUAUCGUUGACCCAGGGGCGGGGUGUUUCGUCGUUGUGUGCCAUGGGCGAAGCACGGUAUGCAGCGAUGAGUCGGCGGGCAUUUCAAGCCGCGCGAUGGCGUACCAGAGAAAUGGGAAGUACAGCUAGCAACAGCUUACUCGCAUACCGGUGCAGAGUAACUUUGGGAGGUGUGGUAGCCGUUGGGGUUAUUGUUCUUGCUGCUGCUGCUACUGCUUGCGUCACGAUAAUGACCUCUUUUGAAAGCUUACUCACAAUUUUCAUCCUGAUGUUGACGAGUGGUUGGCUC